AUGGCAAAAGGACUUCGAUCUAAAUCAGCAAGACGGGCAAAAGCCGUUCGUAGAGAAAAGGUGUUUGGACCAGUCGAGGAGCAAAGAGUACUCCGAUUAGCAGCUAAACUUGCGACAGGUUCAGAAGCUGCUACUGAGAUGCAAGUAGAGUCCAUUUCUGAUUCUGCUGAGCCAACUAUCAAACUUGACGAUCGCCGUGGCCGUAGCCAGAGCCGCAACGCACGUUCAUUAUCCAAUUCACCUAUGCGCAUGCGCUCGGCAAGUGCUAAAUCCAACAAAAAUGAAAUGGAUGAAGACAAAGUAGAAGAUGAACUAGAUACGCCAAUCGAUACAAGCGAAGCACUUGAAAGUAUGGGAAAAAAUGAACGCACUCGUUUAUUCAUGAAUGGAAAUCAGUUCAAGAAAUGGAAAAAGUCUCAAAGCAAGAUUCGUCGAUCCAAAAAGAAUGGCCAUGUUGGCAAAAAAUAA